AUGAAGAGACUAGCAGCUCGCUGCUUUGCUGGCUUGUUAAUUUUAUCCCCACUAACUGUGAUUUCCGAUAGCCGGCCUGCUGAUAGUGGUAAGGCAAUUGAAGACGGCAAUUUGGAAGAAAUGGAAGAGGAAGUCCGGCUUAAAAAACGGAAGAGACGAAGAAAUGUGGAUAAAGAUUCUGGGAAGGAGGAUGGAGAGAAAGCAAAGAAAAGAAGAGGCAGACCUCCUGCAGAGAAGCUGUCCCCCAACCCACCCAAACUGACAAAACAAAUGAAUGCUAUCAUUGAUACUGUGAUAAACUACAAGGAUAGUUCAGGACGACAGCUAAGUGAGGUCUUCAUUCAGCUCCCAUCCAGGAAAGAAUUACCAGAGUAUUAUGAAUUGAUUAGGAAACCAGUGGACUUCAAAAAGAUAAAGGAAAGAAUUCGCAACCAUAAGUAUCGGAGUCUUGGGGACUUGGAGAAAGAUGUCAUGUUGCUGUGUCACAAUGCUCAGACAUUCAAUUUGGAGGGAUCACAGAUCUAUGAGGAUUCCAUUGUUCUUCAGUCUGUGUUCAAAAGUGCACGACAGAAGAUUGCCAAAGAAGAAGAAAGCGAUGAUGAAAGCAAUGAUGAUGAAGAUGAUGAUGAAGAAGAAGAAUCAGAAUCAGAAUCAAAAUCAGUGAAAGUCAAAAUCAAGCUAAAUAAGAAGGAUGAAAAAAGUCGGGAGAAAGGAAAAGGCAAGAAGAGGCAAAGCCGAGCUAAAGCCAAGCCUGUCGUGAGUGAUGAUGAUAGUGAUGAGGAUCAAGAUGAAAAUGACCAGUCGGAAGCAAGCGGAAGUGAUGAUGAGUGAUCCAUAGGGUUUAUUUUCUUGGCAGUACUGACCCCUUCCCCUUCUCUUCUCCUUUCUCCUAUUUUACACCCAGUGAAUUCAUUUUGUCAAAUAAACAUUGGGCUGUUUCUGUAUUCUCAUUCUCUAUAAAUUAGCUUUAGGAUAGUACCAGACAAACAUAUGAUAUCACGGUGUAAAAAAGGAAAAAAAUGUAACAUAUUGUGACCAAAUGAGCCUGAAAGUAUUUAAAAACAAAACAACAAACGAAAAGCUUUUGAUGGAAAAUGUAGGUUGAUAGUAUAUUUCUAUGGAUUGGUUUUAACUCAGUAAUGGUUUGAUUGUGCCUGGUUUUGUCAUUUGACAGGAUGUUUUUCAGUGGCAUCAGAAAGACAAAAAAAAAAAAAGUCUUUUGUAGCAUUGAUAACCAGGAGAAGCCAUUAAAAGCCACUGGUUAUUUUAUUUUUCAUCAGGCAGUUUUCAAAGUUUUUAUUUGUUCUGUAUUGGUUUUUUACACUGUGGUACAUAUAUGCAACUUUGUUUAAUAGCUGAUAAAUGUACAGUAGUUAGCCUUCAUCCACCUUGUCCCAUAUUCAUUUUUCCACUUUACGCUUGACGAUCUUCAGAAAAACGCUUUUUGAAUUGUAUCAAAUUUAUGUCUACUGUAAACUUCACUUAACUUUUUUUUCCUUGAUUAAAAAAGUUGGGUUAAAAAAAUGCUAUUCAAUAUUGCAAUCUAUAUAGUGUAAUGGAUGGCUUCUUUCAUCAGACUGAUCUUCUAUGUUACCAGUGUGGAUUAUCACCUUUUCCCUAAAGUGUACUUAAUCUUUGCUUUCUUUGCACAAUGUCUUUGGUUGCAAGUCAUAAGCCUGAGGCAAAUAAAAUUCCAGUAAUUUUGAA